AUGAGGCUAGAGAACUAUGCGAUCAGAGUGUGGUCCUUUGUGGCCAUCAUUUGGUUGCUCCGUGAUUCACAUGCUCUAUUUAAGUUCACGAACAUCAAGUGCACGUGUUAUGAAAAAUCGUAUUGUGAGCUAAGGCGUUGUGAAUUAAAGCUUCUAGGUCGCGGCAUUGUGGCCCUUUUCCUACAUAUCCAGAACAAUCAGCUGCCCAUCAACACUUCGGUGUUCACUCUCACCUUGUUUCGAAGACUCAAUGGCUACAAGCCGUUUCUUUACAAUGUCACCGUCGAUAAUUGCAGCUUCAUGAAACACAAAAAACGCUAUCCAUACUUCAACUUGGUGCACGAUGCUAUGCGAAACUUCACCAAUUUAAAUCACACCUGUCCUUACAGUCAUGAUAUAAUAGUGAACCGAAUGGUACUGAAUGAUAAUAUGAUGGCAAAGCUUCCUUUGCCUACGGGUUUUUACAAACUCAAGUUUAAUUGGAAAACAGGUGGCGUCUGGCGGGGCGUAAUUGAAGUCUUUGUAGAGGUUAAUUUGGGAUUUGAUUGA